UAUAAAUACAGCGCCAACAACAGGAGUCGCUAUCACACGAUCAUGAAGACCGCUGCUAUAACCCUGUUGUCCGCCCUGCUGGUGGUAUCGCUUCACGAAGCUUUUGGCAGCUUUUUGGGACGACAUGAGCUGAGGAAACGAGAUGCUGAUUGCUCUGUACGACCAGAAAUAGGAGAUCGACAUGUUAUGGAGAGAUGCUGCUCCAAGGCGGUGGGCCUGAUCGAGAGCGGCGAAGAUGAACGUGGACCCCAUCAUGGCGAGCACGAAGGACACGAAGAACAUGGACACGAAGGACAUGGGCCUCCUGGUGAGCACGGACACGAAGGACAUGGACACGAAGGAAAUGUAAUCGAAGAACACGGACACGAAGGACACGGACCUCCUGGCGAACACCGACACGAAGGACAUGGACACGAAGGACAUGGACACCAUGGAUCAUCGGAGGACUCUUCGGAGGAAGUGGCUCACGGACCUUCAGGACACGGUGACCGAGAGGAAAGGGCCAGGUGCAUCGUCGAAGAGUUAAUGCAAAACGCAUCUCUAAUGACAGACGGCAGACUCAACGGAGGCGCUCUGGUAGACCGCAUUGUCGAUCUGCUGACGCAUAACGCGACCGCCUGGACUCAUGACAAGAUCCAGGAGAUUGUCAGCCACUGCGUAGCGACUUCAGCACAACGAUUGGUUGGGGUAAACACGAACUGCAGUUCAGGCGCUUUGGAGUGGACACGUUGUCUUCAUCGCCAGAUGAUUGUGGAAUGCCCGGACGAGUACUGGGAACACAGUGACCAGUGCAACAGCCUGAAGGGCUACCUGAUCUCGUGUCCCGACGGCCCACCGCCACCCGCGCCUGGGGCAGACGGUGUCGCUCACAGUCGCCCGUUGAACAGACGCAGACCAGACAUGUUGCCCCCCGGGAUAAGGGGAAUUUUAAAAGAUCUGCGAAAAGAAAGAGUAGUAAAAAUAGUGUCUCCAAAGUGAUCAACGCUUAUGAGCCAUGGCAGAAAUAAAUCUAAAUGAAAAGAUCUUGCGCCAUUCAAAAGUGCAAUUACAUAAUUUGAAACUUGUUAAUUUUUAUUUCUGUGCAAUAAAAUAUAUUAAGUUUUUCUGUCA